AGUUUUGGCUAUGAUUGGUACCUAUUUAGCCUUAUAAAUUUGACACUGAAUUAGUGCUAUAAUCCUAAAAAGUAUAAUUUAGAUUUUAGUUUAAAAGAGAAGAGUAGGAGAAAGCAAAUUUGUAAUCUACUAUAUCCAACAACUGCUAGUGUCACACAAACAAUUGCGGCCAAUUCAGUAGCACUCUAAACUUAGUUUAAAUAAAGAUGUAUCGAUCAACAAUGCAAACAUCAUGGGAAGUAUAUUUUGCAUUUUAUGUGACAAGAAAGUAAAGAAUGGAUAGAAAAAUUUGAGAGCUACAAAGCUACAAAAUAUUUGUGCGAUUUUUUUUAAAAAAUUUAACUAAAUAAUAGUUAUUUAUAAGAUAAUUGAAAUAUAGAUGGCAUGAGCCAAAAAAAAAUGAAGAAAGGGCGAAUAAAAGUAAACUUUGGAUGUCUGAAUUAAAUCAUUUGAGUAUAUCUAUUAACAAGUUGUUAAAAAUGCCUAAGAAUUUGUUUAUGCAUAUUUAAGUUUUAGUUUAUGAAUAAGGUGCAAAUAAUUGUGCACCACCCACACCAUUUUUGUUUUUCCUGAAAUAUCAUUGUCAUUGCCUUUUAUUUAAUUUCCUUUUUUUUAAUCUAAUUAAUUAAAACAUAAAGCUUGGGUAAAAUUCUCAGAAUCCAAAAGCCAUUGCCAUAAGCUCUUAGUGGGACUGUCAACAGGGCGGCUCCCGCGAGGGAAACUCGGAUCAAACAACGGCUCCCUUUCCUCUCUCUCUCUCUCUUCUCUUGCGUUCUCUUUCCCCAAAAAGAGAAGAAGACAACCCCUCCUCCCCUCUUUGUUCUCUCUUCCCCAGAUCCUUCGCCAGAAACAGAGAGUUCGUGAGAGAGAGAGAUCUGCGCAUAGAGAUCGAGAUGGAGGCGGCGAUGGAUCUGAUGCGGAGAAUCUCGCCGAACCAGAGCGAGAUGGCGCUGUCGGCACUGCUGUCCCUCCUCCCCCACCACUCCACCGACCUCCUCUCCCAAGUUGACCAGCCCCUCCAGGUUUGUAUGGAUACGGAGUCGAUGAAGGAGUUCAUACUGUGUGAAUACAACAGGGAUGCGGAUUCAUAUAGAUCGCCUUGGUCAAACAAAUAUUUUCCACCUCUGGAAGAUGGGCCGCUACCAUCAGACGAACUGAGGAAACUUGAAAUUGAAGCAAAUGAGGUUUUUGCUGUUUAUCGUGACCAGUAUUAUGAAGGAGGUGUCUCAUCAGUGUACAUCUGGGAAAAUGACAGCCAGGGCUUUGUGGCAUGUUUCUUAAUAAAGAAAGAUGGAUCGAAGACAGGGCAUGGGAGGAGAGGACAUUUGCAGGAGGGUUCAUGGGAUGCUAUUCAUGUUAUUGAGGUUGGACCAGAAGAAGAGGGAAAUGCUCAUUACUGCCUAACCAGUACUGUUAUGUUAUCAUUGACCACAGAAGAGAAGCCAUCAGGAACUUUCAAUCUGUCAGGAUCAAUCAGAAGACAGAUGAGUUCAGACCUUUCGGUAGCAGAGGGCCACAUGUGUAACAUGGGAAAGAUGAUAGAAGAAAUGGAGGGCAAGCUCAGGAACUCACUGGAUCAGGUCUAUUUUGGGAAGACAAGAGAGAUGGUCUGCACAUUGAGACCACCACCUGAGGGCAUACAAUUUAGAUUGCCUGAAAGCUGACCCAAAAGGUGAAAGGUGCAGCAAUCAUUUGCAUCCAAUGAAUUAGAACUUUGGUAUUAAAGAAAAUUUGGACACAUGGAGUGACACUCAUGGCCCUGUGAAAUUUAGGUUGCAGUCCUGAGGAUGAUAAAAAAGUACUUACUUGUCUGGUGGAAACGUUCAUAUUUCAGUAUGUUGAGUUUGUAUCAUACAGUUAAAAACUCGUAGGAAUUUGGUGCUGAGUUCUAUAGAACACUGCAGUAUACUUGAGUAGAAGAACAUUUACUGUUGCAGUAUUUGUGAUUUUACCUUCUGGACAUGGUAUCCUAAGUAUCAUCAAAUCAAGUGAGGGGUUUUAAUGCCGUGGA